GUUGCCAGUGCCAGCUCGCCGCGCGGCGCAGGCCCUCCCUCUCGGGAACAUUUCAAAUCCCCGCCUCUCCCUCUCCCCUGCUCGGCGGCACUCCCCAGGAAAAAUUCGCGCAUCCCAGAUUCCACGGGCGCGCGCUGCCGAUUCGCGCCCCCGUCUCCCUUCUCCCCUUCCCCGCCCGAUCGCUCAUCGUAGCCUUAGCGCAGCCACACCGCCGGCUAGGGUUGGGGCUGGGACUGGAGGCCUAGGGUUUGGAGGGUCUGGUUGGAAGUUUCGGAGCACAGGAUGGCGGGGGAGCGGGGGGAGAGCAGCGGCGAGCGGCAGGGGACGGUGGAGCGGCGGAUGCUGCGGUCGCGGUACCACGCCGUGAAGAGCCUCAUCAGCGAUGAGCGGGAUGAGAUGGCGAGGGCGGAUUCGGACAGGUUCACGGCCAUCAUCCAGCAGGUGGAUUGCCUGCACGAGCUCGUGCAAAAGCCCAGGGAGCAAAUUGCGGAUGCAGAAGCUCUGCUUGGCAUUGCAAGCACUUUGGUAACUUCGGUGAGGUCCCAGUCAAGUGAAGGAAUCACCCCUUCUGAUUUCAUAACAGCUUUACUCAAGAAGUUUGGGCAGCAAGGGAGCCUUGAUGAUGAGGCUGUCUCAUUGCAAUGGGGUGAUCUCGGGCUUUCUGUUUCACAUAUCUUCAGGCCUAUGCCUGGAUGCUGUACCAUGCUUGGUCCUAUGGAUACUGAAGUAAAGCAACGGAAAGUUGCGGCUGUUGGUAGAAAACGGACUGCACGGCCAACAGAAAAUACUUGUCCUGAAGAGCUUGCUGAUUCUUCAGAGGAAGUAAAGUCAGACACUGACAGGAAUGUCUUAGUUAUUUUUGAUGUCCUGAGGCGAAAGAAGAGUGCAAAGCUUGAAAACCUUGUUUUGAAUAGGCUUUCAUUUGCCCAAACAGUUGAAAAUAUUUUUGCACUGUCUUUCUUAGUGAAAGAUGGUAGGGUGGAAAUAAAUAUAGAUGACAACGGGCAUCAUAUAGUACGUCCAAGGAAUGCACCUGCUGCUAGUGCCAUAGCCUCCGGAGAAGUCUCCUACAGUCAUUUUGUUUUCAGAUUUGAUUUCAAAGACUGGAAGCUUAUGAAAGAAGCUGUCAAGGAGGGGGAAGAGUUGUUGCCACACAGGACUUCCCAGAGCGCUCUUUGCAAUGAAGAGAAUUAUCAACCAAAUAUGGAGGCACGUGCGCAAGUAACACCUAUCAGGAAACUCUCCCGGAACCGAGGCUUGAUCUUACAGGAUAAUGUAGUUGAGGAAACUCCUGAGGAGAACCAAGCGUCUAAGCGCAGGCGCCUUUUCAGAGAUCAAGAUUGACCUAGCAAUUGCUUGGCAUGAGUAGUGUAGGCAGGCAGGCCUGCCUUGUUUUUUUGUCUGUAUGUAAAAAAUUGCCUUAGCUUGAGUGACUUAUCUUACACUAGGUCUGUAGGACAGUUAUGCAUGCUGUCUUAGGCUCUUAGCACCGCUCGUGCUUCUCUGUGAGAAGUAGGGAAUGUAACUAAAUUCCCAUUAUAUGAACUUCAGCUCAAAUCUCACAACUACAUAAUGGUCUUGGUAGGGCUGAAUAACUAGCAGCAUGUCUCGUUGUGGCUCAGGUAAUCUUGUUAAGAAAUCAUCAGUUAAAACUUAAAAGUUCA